GGCAGAGAGUGGGUCUCUCAGCUGAUCAGGAAGAAUGUGUGCGCAACAAAAUUGAUGCAAGCUUUUCAAACCUUCAUCACCACCUUGCCCGAUUGCUCUACCCGUUUUCACCAGCAGGACAACAAUACGCGGACACACGGACAACCAAACACACACAGAAGAUUAACGUAAUCCUGAUGAGCCAUACAAUCCUUCUCAUUCAAAAGACGCAAGCCGCGUCCAGCAAAACAUAUAUCGAAUGCGACUCUGUUGCCAAAGCUAUGGACGAGAUCAUCGCGAUGUAUGAGGAUCAUUUGAAGAAAAAGUUUCCUCACAAGGAGAGAAUCGAGUUUGAUGUCAAUGAAGUCCUGGAGAUGGUCUUCAACCUCCCGGAUUGUGCUGCCUUAGUUUUGGAUCAUAAGACAUCUUCCUAUAUCCCACACGACAAGUCCUGGAUUCAGAAACAGGUUGUUGUCAGAGCACAGUCAAGGGCGCGGUAGAAUGUGUUUGCAUGGCGUAGCAUGGACUACUACCCUCUCGGAAACGAAUUGUCAUUUGGACAAUACCACCAAUGGCGAAACGAUGCAAGUCUCUUCCCAGAUACCUUUGCACAGCUACUACUACCAUCUGUAGGCCAUCAAUGAAAAAUAGAGCGAGCGGGGCUGCAUUAAAUAACCACACAAUAACGAAUAAUAAUAAAAUCGAGGACCAAGUGUGUCUUGCUUACCGCUUGUAUGCGACC